GCUGGAGCCGGGAGCCACAGAGGAGCCCUUCACACAGGGGAGGCCUCCACAGAUCGGGACAGCCGCAGCCCAUCUGGGGUCCUCUGGGCUUUGCAAGCUCUCUGUGCAUGAGUGAAAUCAACUUUCAGCCCUGACAGUACAAGGACGAGGGCCCAGAGAUAUAAACAGGGACACCCACACAUGGACCAAAUCCAUCGCAGAGAGGUGGGUCUGCAGGCCAGUGAGCUGUGAGCAGGAAUCUGGACUCACCAGGGCUGAAGAUGGCUGGAAACUGUUCCUGGGAGACUCAUUCCACCAACAGGAACAAGAUGUGUCCCGGCAUGAGUGAGGCCCCAGAACUCUACAGCCGAGGCUUCCUGACCAUUGAGCAGAUCACGAUGCUGCCGCCUCCCGCAGUCAUGAACUACAUCUUCCUGCUUCUCUGCCUUUGUGGCCUGGUGGGCAACGGGCUGGUCAUCUGGUUUUUUGGCUUCUCCAUCAAGAGGAACCCCUUCUCCAUCUACUUUCUGCACUUAGCCAGUGCCGACGUCGGCUACCUCUUCAGCAAGGCUGUGUUCUCCAUCCUGAACACCGGGGGCUUCCUGGGCACGUUUGCUGACUACGUCCGAAGCGUGUCCCGGAUCCUGGGGCUCUUCACCUUUGUUACCAGCGUGAGCCUCCUGCCAGCCAUCAGCACAGAGCGCUGUGUGUCUGUCAUCUUUCCAGCUUGGUACUGGCGCCAGCGGCCGAAGCGCCUAUCGGCCGUGGUGUGCGCCCUGCUCUGGAUCCUGUCCCUCCUGGUCACCGGCAUACACAACUACUUCUGCGUGUUUCUGGGCCGUGAGGCCUCCAGGGUGGCCUGCAGGCACAUGGACAUCUUCCUGGGCAUCCUCCUCUUCCUCCUCUUCUGCCCUCUCAUGGUGCUGCCCUGCCUGGCCCUCAUCCUACACGUGGAAUGCCGGGCCCGGCGGCGCCAGCGGUCUGCCAAGCUCAACCAUGUCAUCCUGGCCAUGGUCUCAGUUUUCCUUGUGUCCUCCAUCUACUUAGGGAUUGACUGGUUCCUCUUCUGGGUCUUCCAGAUCCCAGCCCCCUUCCCUGAGUACGUCACCGACCUGUGCAUUUGCAUCAACAGCAGCGCCAAACCUGUCGUCUACUUCCUGGCUGGGAGGGACAAGUCACAGCGACUGUGGGAGCCUCUCAGGGUGGUCUUCCAGCGAGCCCUGCGGGAUGGCGCCGAGCUGGGGGACACUGGGGGUGGCACACCCAACACUGUCACCAUGGAGAUGCAGUGUCCCCCUGGGAAUGCCUCCUGAGAGGCCAGCAACUGGAGGGAGGCAGGACAGGUUGCAUCUGGUGGCCUCUAGAGACGGGACCUGGGCAGCUGUCUCAGUGCCCACACAGGAGGAUAAUGGACUAUUUCCAGCCCCUCAUGCCUCCUCUUCCUUGGGCCAGAGCAUACAGGAGUGACCGAGACACUGAGCAGCCACCUACAAGCAGACCCUGGAGCCUCUGCCUGGCUCCCCCAGCCCUUCUCCUCUUUGGUAACCCAUUAUACAAUGGUCGCCCCCAAGUGCUGGGGCCUCCUUAACCUGGCUGGUCAGAAAAGGAGAUAAGGGGCCACCCAACCCCAUCCAUCUCCUGCCCUUUUAACCAGCCCUUCUUGAAAAUGACCAAGCCAGUACCCCAGCUCCCCACCAGGCCAGCAGCCUUACCCCACCAUUAGGGUAUUGUCCUUGCGGGUCCAUCCUCUCAAAGCAAGAUCAGUGAACCAAGCUGAAUGAAAAGGUACUGUCUGGAAGAGGGUUCUGGUUAACCUGCCUUGUAGCUAAGUCUGCAAUCACGUGGUGAGUUGCUGGAGAUGGGAAGGACCCAGCCACCUUGGGUAGGUGACUGCCUUCUCUGAUUCCACACUGUGCCAGGCCAGCCUGGGGCAAACUCCCAGGGCUCUCCAUGUGUCCUGGAGGCUACUGUGGACCAUCUGAGCAGCUCCUGGACACAGUCACUUGGUUCCAGCCCCUAACUUAAGUGGACACUGGCUCUACCCUAGCCAUCUGGGGACUGGCACUAUGGUGCCCACCUAUAAGCACAGUGGCCCAGUGUAGCCAAAGCAAGUUUUAUAAAGACAUUAAAAUGUAUAUCAAUAAACAUUUUAUAUCUGGCAGUGA